AGCAGGGGGCGCUAUAACUUUCUUCCACUAGAGAUGCACAGUCUCCGUUACGCCAGCAGUUGCAGUCGCGUUUCCCUUGCUUCAUAAAUCUAAAUCUAUGCUGGAAUAUUUAUGCUAUAAGAAAUAAGGAGUUUUAUAAUUCGUCAUAUUAAAUUUAAAGUAUGGUUUCAUUGCUAUCGCGAUGAACAGGAAAAGGACGCUGAUUCCAGAAACGUUCACAGCGAAAAAAUGGAAAAGCGGAUCUGAUAACGUCGGAGUGCAAGCAAAUGAUGGACCAUUUGACAUCAAGGCGGCUUUGGAGUCCCUAAUGUCCCUAUUCAAUCGAAAGCUGUUCAACGACACUCUUCCCCGGAUCGUGCUGCAGCACCAGCUGUACAGCCUGCACGGCGACCGGACUUCAGUCGAUCGCCAGCUGGUGAGUCCUUUCCAAAACGAGCUGAGGGAGAAAGGAGAAGUGCUGGUCUUCCAGAUGGGCUUCGAUGCCGAGGCUGUCGGCGUGGUCUUUACCGAGGACUACAGGGAGAAGGUGCUCGCCGGCGAGGCAGGGAGAGCCACCCUCGGAGCCGUGGAGAAGUUUCUGAACAACGUCCUGCCCUCUUGCCCCGACAUGAGCUUCAACAAGGACCAGAUGCUCCAGCAGUUCUUUUUCACAGACGCGGAGAUAACGCAGUUGGUGAAGUGUGGGGUGCUGACUGUAAAAGACGCGGGCAGCUGGUGGCUUGCCAUCCCCAACUCCGGCCGAUUCACAAAACACUUCAUUCAAGGACGCAAAGCCGUGCUCGGCAUGAUCAAGAAAUCCAGAUACAAUGAAAUUCUUAUGUCUGACUUAGAACGGCGGCAAACCACGUCUCAGGUUAAAUUCCAAAUGAAGUAUCACAUCCAUGAUAUCAUUGGGGCGGAAAUGGUGAACCGCAUAUCCACGACCUCAGGUGUGUUGCUGCGGUUUGUUGAAUCCUGAUGUAGCUGGUGUAAUGAGUAACAUUCAGGCACCAGGAGGCGCCACUGUCGCAUUAAAUUUUGCCUGCCAUGCUGUAUGCGCCUUAGAGUGUACUUGUAAAAGUCAAUGUAUAAUAAAUUGUACAGUUUGAUUUAGUGCUUUUU